UCAGCUAUCAAAAAACUGAAAGCUACAACUUUGCUGCUGCUACAAAAACUAAAAUCUUGAUUUUAAUUUAUUUUAUUUUAUAAAUUUUCAUCCAAUUUCUUAUUAAAAUUCUUCAAAUAUCUUAUUUUCCUUCGAAAGUAAUUUAAUCUUUGAAAAAAUUGCCAAAAUUUCGGACAAAAAUUCAUCCAAAAUGCCACCAGCUUCGGCAGUUACCCAGGCUGGCAAGGCUGAACGUGACGAACGUUUACGAGAAGCCCUCAAAUCAUUUAUACUCAAAGAACGCCAACGAAAAAAAGAAGAAUAUGAAGCUGAAGUUGAAGAAGAACGCCUUCGAAAAGAGCGCGAAGCACGAGAACGUCAAGAUGUGAUGACUUUGGGUGAAACACGAGAACAAAUCACAAAAUUGGAUCAAAAAUUGACUGAAUUAAGAAAUCAAAAGCAGCAAUUGUUUUUGCAAUUGAAAAAAGUUCUCAACGAAGAUGAGAAUCGCAAAAAACAACAACAACAAAAAGAUAGUGAACUGUUUGCUAUGCAAGCAAUGCAAGCCCAAAAUGUGCCCCAACCUCAAGUAUUCCUCCCACAAAGACUUCAACACCAGCAUCAACAGAUUCUUCAAAAAGUUCCUGUGGGUGUAAGUAAUCAAGGAAUCAAACGAAAUCGCAGUCCAUCACCGCCACAGCAUCAGGCCUAUUACAAGAGCGCCGCUUAUCCGCAGCCAAGUGAGCCUACCUCAAAGAAUUACCAAUCAAGCUAUGCUUUCUCUUUCAAUUCUUCUUUUCCAGAGCACGAUGAUGGGCGUCGUGGGGCAGAUAUAGCUCGUGUUUUAUGGAAUAAACCCCCAACACAGUAUCAAAAUCCACCUGGCACAUUGUUCUACCAAACAGCCAGCAAUGCACCCAGCCAUGGCCAGCAGGAUAAUCGGGGACCUGCUAUAAUCUACCCAUCGUACAAUCCCAAUCUUAAUUUGCCUCUGAGGCAGAGUUAUCACAUGGAAAUGCAACCACAGCAGCAAUCUGCACAAGGUCAUUCGUCGAAAAAUGACCAACAAUCUCAAAAACCACCCGCCCAAGUUUACCACAUCAAUUUGGAUCAGCCACCAAUAUCACAGGCUUCUGGGUCAGUGUCUGUUGGAUCGCAGCACAAACCACAAGUUACAAUGGAAAAGAUCUCAGAUCGUUAUCAUGUUGAAUUGAAGGUCGAUCAAUCGGGGCAUGGACCUCCGCAGCCAACACAUUUGCCUGAAGGUGUUGUAUACACUUCAUUGAUUUCUGGCAUGCCAAUGCAUCCGGGUGUGAUGCAAAUGACUGGAAAUCCUCAACAGAACAAUAAACCGGGAGGAAGCAUCACACAAGGAUAUUCGCAGAGUGGAGGUAAUCCGGGGCAUCCACAACAACAACAACAGCAGCAACAACAAAUGCCCGGACAACAACAAAGAGGGCAACAGUUGCAUUUUAGAAGGUUAUAUUAAAUAUAACUCGUUUAUAGAUUUAAGAAAGAAACAAACAAGAAAAAACACUAAUAAAUGUACAUAAAGUGUACUUUUUUUUAAA